AUGUCAGUUCUGAUCGUGUAUGUUGAUGACAUAAUUGUUACCAGCAACCAUACUGAAGAGAUGAGUAUGAUUAAAGAAAGGUUGGCAAAGGAGUUCAAAGUCAAAGAUCUUGGUGCUCUCAGGUAUUUUCUGGGAAUGGAAUUUGCUAGAAGAAAAGGAGGGAUUUCUAUGUCCCAAAGGAAAUACACUCUUGAUCUCUUAAAGGAGGCAGGAAUGCUCGGUAGCAAGCACAACAAGAAUCCAAUUGAGCUUGGAGACAAUAGGAGAAUGUUCGAAGGAAGUCCAGUUGACAAAGGGAGGUACCAACAGCUAGUAGGGAAGUUUAUCUACCUCUCACACACUAUACCUGACAUUGCCUUUGCGGUGAGUCUAGUUAGUCAAUAUAUGCAUAAUCCUUGUCAAGGACAUCUCAAUGCAUUAUAUAGAAUUAUGAGGUAUCUCAAGCAAACACCAGGAAAAUGUCUUUUCUUAAAAAAGACAAACGAGAGAAAGAUUGAAGUGUUCACAGAUGCAGAUUGGGUUGGGUCAGUUGAUGAUAGAAAGUCUACAUCUGGGUAUUGUACGAUUGUUUGGGGUAAUGCAGUUACAUGGCGAAGUAAAAAGCAAAUGGUAGUUGCGAGGAGCAAUGUAGAGGCAGAAUAUAGAGCCAUACCCCAUGGAGUAUGA